AUGUGUGGUAUUGCUCUGAUUGUCUCAGGCGUUCGGAUUGACGUUUCAUGUUUGUUCUUGGAUUCGACAUGCCCACCACACAAAACAGAAGAUUUGGUGUUCUCUGUAGAUGAUCUUAAAGCAGCUCUACGUAGAAGGGGUCCUGAUAGCUUAGGUAGCAAGAAAGUGAAUCUUCAAUUCAACAUCUCAGGUCAAAAAAACAUUUCAACUUUCAUUGAAGAUGACGAGGCAUUGGAAUUGGGGGCAGACAUUGAGAAGUUGCAUAUAGUACUGUCUGGAAAUAAAUGUGAUUGUGUGUCCUUGGAUAACGGGCUGUCUUGCUCGUUAUACAAUGCUGGUGUCCGAAGUCCGUCUGCAGAACUGCAUUUCAUUGGUGCAACCUUACAACUCAGGGGAAUAAAUCCGCUCGUUCAACCUUUGGUGGAUUCGCAUGAAAACAUCCUUGUAUACAAUGGUGAAAUUUUUGGAGGAAUCCAUAUUGCAAGUGAUUACAAUGACGCUGAAUUUCUCAUGCAAGCACUUGCAAAGUGCGGCUCACGUGAUUCUAUUCCUGAUCUUCUUUCUAUGAUUAAAGGACCAUGGGCUAUCAUCUACUGGCAGGAUAGCUCAAGAACCCUUUGGUUUGGCCGAGAUGCAUUUGGUAGGCGGAGCCUGCUUGUUCACUGGCCUACAGAAGAUGACCCAACCUUUAUGCUUUCUUCUGUAUCUCCUCUUUCACCUAUUGAGAAUAAAAUAAACCAUGAAGCUUCAAAUGGAACAGGCUAUCUCAGUUACUGGGAAGAGCUACCAUGCGGAAUAUACAGUGUACAUGUUGAGGCAUCAAAUUCUAAUCGGGGACUGAUUGGUGAAGUCAGAAGACAUGAAUAUACAAACUCAACGCUAAAGGAGCUUAUCAAAUGGGAGCGAACUUCUAUUGAACCCAAACCUGAAGACCUUCGUACAUCCCAAUAUGAGUCUUCUAGGAUGCAACACAAUGUGCAUUCAACUCUGUUGGAGGCAGCUGCAUGUGAGACAGGCCCAAAUCAAUUCUCAUUGCCAGCUCAUUCUCUGCUAAAGACUUUAAAGGAGUCUGUGUUUCGGCGCACUUCAUUGUAUACUAUCUAUCAGGCUACAAUCUCUGAUGUUGGACAAGAAGGUUAUGUUCCUGUGGCUGUUCUGUUUUCUGGUGGCCUGGAUUCCAUGAUACUUGCAGCAUUAUUGGAUCAAUGUCUAGAUCCCUGCUAUGAAAUUGAUCUACUUAAUGUGAGCUUUGAUGGCCAGUCUGCUCCUGAUAGAUUAUCUGGCAAGGCUGGUUUAGAAGAACUAAGAAGAGUUGCACCUUCUAGAAGGUGGAGGCUCGUUGAGGUUGAUGCCGAAUUGUCUGACUUGGCUUUUGAAACAAGUCAUGUUAUGUCACUCAUAGAACCUGCAAAUACUUACAUGGACUUGAAUAUAGGAAUUGCUUUAUGGCUUGCUGCUCGUGGUGAUGGAUGGGUGUCUGAUGGAAAUAGUGAUGGCAAUGACAACAAUCUUGCACGUAUUAAAUACAAGUCCAAAGCAAGGAUUUUACUUGUUGGUUCUGGUGCUGAUGAGCAGUGUGCUGGCUAUGGUAGACACAGAACAAGUUAUAGACGAGGAAGUUGGCUGGAGCUUGAUAAGGAAAUGAAACUGGACAUACAGAGAAUUUGGAAAAGAAAUUUAGGGAGAGAUGAUAGAUGCAUUGCUGAUAACGGAAAGGAGGCUAGAUUUCCUUUUCUGGACGAGGAUGUCAUGAGGAUUUUGCUCAAUUUUCCUUUGUGGGAGGUCACCAACCUUGAUCAACCAAGCGGAAUUGGUGAUAAAAAGAUUCUAAGAAAGGUUGCACAAUUACUUGGUUUACAUGAAGCGGCAGUGUUGCCCAAACGAGCGAUCCAGUUCGGUUCCAGAAUUGCGAGGGAGUCCAAUCGCAAGAAUUUCGGAAGUAACCGGGCUGCAAAUCAGGCAUCCGCUGGCAGUGUGAUGAUUCACAGUAAAUCCAACCUGAGUUGAUUCCUUAUUUCCUCAUCUUUUGACCCACAACACCUAUCGCCUUAAUCCAGAGCACCUUGUUUAAUAUAAGCUUCAAAAAGAUAUAUCUUUGUUUCUCUAACAUCAAUUCAAAUCAUGAGUAUUGUGAAGCAAAAAAA